GUCAAAAUAAAUAGCAAUGGAUAAAAAAAAUUCCGAUGGCAAACGUAAAUCUCGAUCGAGUAAUGAAGGUCCACCAGAUAAAAAAUCACGUAUAGACAUUGAAAAUAUUUUAUUACCAUGUGAAGAUCGUAAUAACAAUUUGAGUUCUCAUAGUAUACAGAAUGUACUUGAGAGUUUAAACUCGUCAAAAGUUGAAUUAAUCAAGUCUAGUAAUGAUCCGUCGACAUCCAAAGAAAGUCCAACAGAUUUAAAUGAAAAUAUUACUGAUGGAGCUGAAAUUAGCAAUGAUUUUACGCCAAAUGAAAACACCAUCGAUAAAAUUAGGUAUAGUGAUAAUCAAGAAUCCAGUGAGAAAGAUUCCAAUGUAAAUGAAGAAGAUAAGCAAAAUUGUCCAGAUGAAGCUGUUGAACAAUCACCGACAGUACAUCAGUCUACAUCCGUCGAAGAAGCUACUGGAAUACGAGUUCCUGCUGUAAAUACUAAAGAUAAAUUAAUUGAAUGUACAAUUCUUGCCGAUACUGUUGAGAAAAAAAUAAAAUGGAAUGACAAAAAAAAUUCAAGAAAUGGAGAUCCUUCAGGCGAUUCAGUCAAAAAUAGUCAAACUCCUCAAUCAUCAACAAAGACACCUGCAGUUCCACGAGCUAAAUGUACUUUCGGUGCAAAAUGUUUUAGGUUAAAUUCUGAACAUAAAGUUAAGUACAGUCAUCCUGGUGACGCUGAUUUCGACGUCAAAGACAACAGACCAGAGUGUCGGCAUGGGAUUCACUGCUACCGGAAAAAUCCGCAACACAAAAAAGAUUACAAACACACAUUAGUUCGCCGAAAGCGAAAAGUAAAUGCUAAUCAGGUACAAGUGUUGAAAAAAGGCCAAGAUGACGACAGCGACAGAGAUUCAGAUGAUUCAUCAUUCGAAGAGUCUGUAGAUGAAUCUGAGUACGGGCCAUCGGAUUUGGAUGAAAGUUCUGAGGAAGAAAAUGAUGUUGAAGAUGAUGACAGCGAUUGGUGAAUUUAAAUAAAUUUUUCCGUCGAUUUACAAAAAGUAUUUUAUUGUUUUAAAUAAAUACUGAUAUUUUUGUA